AUGGCGCAGUCGAAAGAAGUUUCUACAGCUGAAUUAAAAUCAAGCAUAAAAGAUAUAUUAAAAGAUGCCGAUCUGGACAGUUUAUCAGCUAAGAAAGUUAGGAAGAUGUUGGAAUCAAAGUUUGAUGCAGAUUUUACAGAUAGAAAGCAAGAGAUAGAUAAGAUGGUUAUGGAUCAGAUAUCAGAGAGUCAGAAUACAGAAGAAGAAGAUGAAGAAGAUGGUAGUGCUGCUAAUGGUACCACAGAUAGUGAUUCUGAUGAUGAAGUGCUUGAUGCGGAGCCAGUAAGAAAAAAAAAGAAAGUAUCAAAAAAUGGUGAUGACAAUGAUGAAGAAUUAGCUAAAAAAUUACAAGAUGAAGAACUAAGUAGAACCAGAGGAGGUGGAAGAAAGAGUAAAGCAAAAGCCAAGUCUGAAAAACCUAAGAAAGAAAAGAAAGACCGAAAGGGAACAAGUAUGUACAGUAAGAAAUGUCAGCUAUCUCCUGAAUUAGCAGCUAUAAUGGGAGAAGAUCAGCUGGCUAGAUCUGAUGUGGUGAAGAAAAUGUGGGCAAUAGCUAGAGAGAGAAAUUUACAGGAUCCUAAAAAUAAACAGUUUAUGCUAUGCGAUGAUCAGUUAAAGAAAGUGUUUGGAAGAAAACGUGUGAGAAUGUUUGGAAUGAUGAAAGAUUUAAAACCACAUAUUUUAGAUGUUAAAGAUUUAGUUUGAUGAGUAAUAGACAUAUUUUUUAUAUAAAGAGCUAUAUUUGAAGUGUAUGAAUGAUGAAGUUAGUGCCAGAAAUGAAAAUUUUAUAUCAAGCUUAUUAUACCAAGUAUUGAA